CAACGUCACCCAUGAUACGUGAAAGGAAUUCCAGAAAGUAGGGUAGUGCGUGAAGGGCAGGACUGCACGUGCCAAAAUGGGGAUCUGGCAUGUCUUUGCAGCUCUCAUACUGUCUGCCUCUUCACUCGUCCACUGUUCUGACAUUUCUUUCAGAGGCCUAGAUCCAGCUCUUGAAUUAUAUUACAGAACAAAGGGCGAUUCCUUUGCCUGUCUGGAUGGUCUCAAGACCAUCAAGUAUGAGAACAUCAACGACAACUACUGCGAUUGCUUUGAUGGAAGCGAUGAACCAGGUUCGUCGGCUUGCGUCAAUGGAAAAUUUUAUUGCGCGAACAAGGGAUACAAUCCUCAGCAUCUAAAUUCUUCAAUGGUGGACGAUACCUUUUGUGAUUGCUGCGACGGCUCUGAUGAGCAGCCAGGCGUGUGCAAGAACACAUGCUCUGAGGUAGGCGCAGCAGCACGCGCAGCGCUGAAGGAGCGGGCAGAGGCAGAGGCUGCCGGCUCAAAGCUGAGGGAGGCGUACUUCACCCAGGCGUCAGAAAUGAUGACCAAGUGGGCGGCAGAGGAGGCCCAGCUGGCAAAGUCCAUCGCGGAUCAGAAAGCGCUGACAGACAAGUGGAAGGUCAAGCAUGACGCGGUGGUGGAGCAAGAGAGGAAGCAGAAGGAGAGGGAGGACGAGGCAGCGAGACAAGAGGCCGAGCGUAUCGCGAAGACACCCAUCGACACUGCCGGCCAGGACACCGCAACCGCCGCCGCCGCUGACGGGGCGGCCGAUGCCGCGGUCCCAGAAGAGCCAGCUGGCGACCACAUCACUUCCAUGGAGCCAGCUCUCACUGGCUCGGAGAGUGCGGUGGAUGCAGCGGACGAGAUAAUGAAGGGCGCGAUCAAGGAGGCCGCGGAGGGAACAGCGCAGGCGCUAGACGUGCCCCUGGAAGCUGUCGAGCAGGAGGCUGACACGCGCGCCAUGAACCCGCACGAAGCCGCCAAGCAGCAGGAACAGCAGGAGGGAGAGACAGCCGAGGAGCGCGCCAAGCGUGUGGCCGCUCAGUGGAUCCGCGAUGAAACCUCCGACGCCCCCGCCGAGGAUGCGCAGGAGGCCGAGGAGGCCUCCGAAGGUGGUGCUGCCGAAGAAGAAGCUGUUGAGGAGGCUGCGGCUGAUGAGGACCUGCCCCAAACUCCAGUGCAGUCAGGGCCGCCCAGCCUGUUAGGCCGAAUCAAGACAGCGGUGCUAUCAUUCCUGAACGCCACGCCCUUUGGGCCAGCGGAGCACAUAUCCGACGGGCAGGCGGUGAAGGACAAGUACUGGGAGCACCACAACGUGCUGGCCGACCUGGAGCGGCAGCACGCCGAGGUGCACAAGAAGCUGCAGCUGGACUUUGGGCCCAACAAAGAGUUCCUGCCGCUCCAUGGCAAGUGCUUUGAGGCGGACGUGGACAAGUAUGUGUACGAGAUAUGCCCCCACGGCAGCGCGGUGCAGAAGGACGGCGCCGCGCGCGUCAGCCUGGGCAACUGGGAGGGCUUCCGCGAGGGCCACACAGUCAUGGCCUUCACCGGCGGCCAGCACUGCUGGAACGGGCCCCAGCGCAGCAUGGUGGUGUCCAUCUCCUGCGGCAAGGUGGAGAAGCUGAAGCACGUGGAAGAGCCCAGCAGGUGUGAGUAUGUUGCGCACCUCACAACGCCGGCGGCCUGCUCAGAGGAAGUUGCGCGGCAGCUGCAGCAGCAGGUGGAGGAGGCUGAGCAGGCCGUGCGUGCACAUGAUGAGCUCUGAAGGAGAUGCCUUGAGAGCGUUCUGGCGCCUCAAUGGCCUGUACUGGAUUUGCACUUCUUAACAUCAUUAGUCUUUCCAGUUAGGUGCAGGUAAUAGCCAGGUGAAGACUAACGAUACAGAGAGUGACUCCAGGCUUGGAUGCGACGGCUUGUCCCUAUGGAAGUUGUGUGGCACGUGUGUUGGCAAGUGCAUACUGAGAGUUGUAUCGAAACUAGGAGAACAGCUUGUUUGAAGUGCUUGAUUGGCUUGUUGACUCAUUUGCACAGAUUAUGACAGAGUAUCCAGAUGAGGCAUUCCGUGCAUGGGUGCCCUGGAUGUUUAGGCAAUGUAGGAAUACUGAAAGUGGCCACUGGCAGGUGGCACAUGCUUCACGGUUUAUUCAUUGGAACAGCUCACAU